CUUGCUGUCUGUUCCUGUUGUACAAGGUAUGCCGAACUGCCUGGCUUUGUGAAACGACUCUGCCUUUCAACAUUGGACCGACUUCUUAAGUGUGUGCUAGUCGGUCGUCCUAGGUAUGUACGAAUCCGCCCCUGAUGUAAUUAUCUAUUAGCGGGAAGUAGCAUGGACUAGUGAGGAGAGUCGGGCGCCUUACUCGCUGCCGGUGAAGCUCUCGGAUCAACGCGCACAGCGCCUUUAAGAGCACCAUGCCCUCUUGCAUCGCCGUAGGGCCAGGACAACCUCACUUCAGGAUGGUUUCUACAUUGUGUACAGGCGCUGCGAUUUUAGCUGUCUUGCCUGGCGUUAGUUACGCAUUGACAGCAGACAUUGCAAACGGCUGUGGAAAUCCUCUGCCAAAAGGCAUCGAAUUGGAGAAGUCCGUCAAUCUUAACAUCAGCAGCUCGAGCGGAUUACCUACACGCGGGUACCGUUUGCAUCUACCCAAAACGUACGACACGAACACGAGAGUUCCUCUGAUUCUCUCAUUUCACGGUCGCGGCAAAGACGCAGCAUUCCAGGAAGAAUUAUCGCAAUUCUCGAAUGCGACAUAUGGCUUCAACGGCAUCUCCGUGUAUCCAGAAGGCGCGGCCUUGAACAAUGCCAAGCGUACCCAGCAAUGGCAGGGUGACCCAGAUUUUCCCUCCUCUGUGAACGACGUGACCUUCACAUUAGAGAUCUUGGAUGAGCUUCAAAAGACUUUCUGUAUCGACACGUCCCGCAUUUAUGCUGCUGGCAAAUCCAAUGGAGCUGGCUUCACUGGUAUUCUGGCCUGCGACGCUGAAGCUACGAAGCGGUUCGCUGCAUUCGCGCCAGUAUCCGGGGCUUUCUACCUCGACGCCAAUCAAGAGCUACCAGCUUGCAACCCUAGCCGUCACCCUAUUCCUAUCAUGGAGUUCCACGGGUUUAAGGACACUACGAUACCCUAUGCUGGUGGCAUCAACACGCGCGGCAACGCCAACUCGACGAGUGUCGAAACUUGGGUAGACGACUGGGCCAAGCGAAAUGCGUUUGAGGUCGCAUCAAAUACAACGUCGUAUCUCUGUAGCGGAGACAAGAAGGUCUCGAGGUAUAGCUGGAAUGACACAGUUGUUCAUUACAACUACACGAACUUGUACCACGACUGGCCAAGUUCUUUCCCGAAUGGCGACACUGAGAAGGCGUUGACUUGCGAAGAGGCGGAAGCGACGAGCAUUAUACUUGAAUGGUUCAAACAAUGGACUCUGUAAGUAACCGGAGACCUGUUCGUAGUUGGCCUGGAGGUAGGUCUCCCUUUCACAUAAAGUAUAGCAACUUUUAUUAGAAAGAUGUCUCAUUUACAAGAGGCUUCCUCUUGACCGUCAAUCAGUUGUCAACUCAUGGUACACCUCUCAAGAGACAACAGUUAAAUCGACAUGUUUGUUCUCAUAGUGCCAUCUGCUCUGAACGCCGCUAAGCCUGUCAGGCCAAAGGCAGGUUGGGAGUUGCUGCAUCAACUAAUCUGCUACACGGGAAGCAAUUUCUUUCUCGUCAUUCAGAAAUUGCGAGCCCAUGUCUGAAGGGAUGGGGAGGAUGCACAUCAGAGUGUCAGCAGAACAGAGUAAGUAACUCGAUUCUGAGACGCGCUAGCUACAUACCGUAGGUACAAUGUAUCGCUUGCAAGAAUA